AAAGAUGCAACUUUACCGAGGUAUAUACACCGGUCUGGAUGUUCCUACGGAUAACAUUGAUGCAUGUAUAAAUGAGACUCUAGAGACUGUCCAGACGUUUGAAGAGUGCUUCCAUGCGUUCAAGAUGGGAAAGGUGUUCCAAGGUCUACAACUCCUCGGCAUAGCCCUUGAAGAUGUUGCCAAGACUCUGACAAAAUGUCAUCUAUUUUCGAUCACUCAGAAACUCCUGGGCUAUAUCACUGAUCUCCUUAAGUGCAUUCGGGGUAAUUGUCUUAGUUUUGUCUUCGACUUUAUUAAGGAGCUCCGGAUUCUGUUUUUGAAUAGGUAUGAGAUCUACGGGGAUAUCAGGGGUGCCGAGAAUAGCUUUCAGCAAAAAGCUUAUCAGCAAGGAGGGCUUUGUAUCGGUAGAUUUGUCAAGGCUUGUCUUCUGGUACAGGACUCCAUGAUGGUUAAUGGUAGCUGGGACUCCAUGAAGGAUGUUAAACUGAAUGGCACCAUUAGUGGAGAAGGGGUGAAGGUGAUUGGAACCGGUAGAAUGAAUUGGGUGACUGGCACUCAGGCUGGCAGCAACGAGGUUGUGAAGAUGAUUGGGAACAACAGUAGGGAUGCCAUCGUUAGUAGUGAGAAUAUGAAGCCGAUCGGAUCUGGUAGUAAGAUGGGGGUGAAGCUGAUUGAAAGUGGUAGAAAGGCAGGGGCGAAUGUGAUUGAAACUGGUAGAAAAGAGGGGGUAAAUUAAUUUAAAACUGGCGGAAAGGAGGAGUGGAACCUGAUCCGUAGUAUCCGUAAUGUUGUGUUUUAUGGAAAUAUUCAUAGAAAUAAAUUUUUUGUCAUUAGUCUUGCCAAUUUAGCUGAAAUAAUAGUAUCAUAGAAGAGAAGACACAUGGGGCAAUAUCUCUGUAUAGGCAUUUUCUUGUAUGUACAUUUAGAUGGACAUGAUUAUCAUGAAUGUAGAUGUAUUAAUGCUGGUUCAGAUUUGACGUUGCAAAACCACAGUAGGUUUUUUUUUUUAUGAUGACGUAAAGUGCAACACACUUUACGUUACUCUAUCUUAUGACAUUAAAAAAUCCUCUGUGUGCUCAUGCCAUUAUAAUGC